AUGAGAUUCCACUUUAGCUACGACAAGCCUGGAUUCCACAAUACGUUGAUGGAUCCUACAGAGUAUAAGAACUUUACACAGAUGGGUUAUCCAGUACCACCAGUUGAAGCUUUGAAUCGCCUCCUUGACGCUAUUAAAGACGAGAUGGCUCUAUGGGCGAACGACAUUACCAAUAGUUUGGAUAAUACCAAACUGGCCGACGUCACGAAGGAACACUUCCUGAAUAUCUGUUCGAAGACCAAAGCAAGAGCGCUGACCAGCCGACCGCGGCUGCAGCGCCUAAGAAGACCUCGAAUAUUUCUCCACCAUCAAACCAACGCGAACGACCUAACAGAACGGAAGGUUGGCCACCACCAAACGUCCACAAGGCUGGUACCGAAAGGGUACUGGGCGUACAAAUACACCUGGCGCAGGCAAAAGAAGCCUGAAGUGGUUGAAACGGCCACCAACGAAUUCGCUGCAAGCUUUGCAGGCCUAGUUCUUGGUGACGUAAACAACCACCGGCCAAUCAUAAGCGCUGUUCCGGCGGCUCAUGGAGCCAAAACGUGGAUCGCCGAUACUGGCAGCGCGUAUAACAUCUGCUCAGACCUCGCCGCGUUCAUCGAAUAUGAACCAAUUCAAACGAAGAACGUUAGUGGAUGGCAAGGAUCGUCAUCCCCCAUCAUUGGCAAAGGCAAGGUACAGAUACCAUUGCUCCUGGGUGACGGCACUGUCAACGAGCUCGUUGUCAACUCCUACUCUCUGGAUAAUGUCUCAGAACAGAGAACAGAGCCUACUUCUCGGAGAAGGAUAAUACAAUACGUUUCCUACAGGGCGACGCUCUGA